AUGCCCACACCAGGGAAGGGAAACUAUUGGACCUUAGACCCCAACUGUGAGAAGAUGUUUGACAACGGGAACUUCCGGCGCAAACGCAAGCGGCGCUCUGAGCCCAACGCGCCCGCUUCCACAUCUGUAGCCUCCUCUCUCGGGGGCCUGAAGGCCGAGGAGGAGCGACCCAUCCCGGCCACAGGCAAACCCUGUGGAACCAGCCCGCCGCCAGAGCUGGACCCAUCGCCUUCUGCCAGGGACCAUCCAAAAACCUCCUCUCCCUCCGGUAUCAUUUCAUCCACCCCUAGCUGCCUCAGCACCUUCUUCAGUGGCAUGAGCUCCCUGAGUAGUGGAAGCAGUCGGCUGGCAGGGGGUCUCGGCAGUGACCUGCACCACAGGAACUUCUCUGCUGGACAGCUGAGCAGUGGCACUUUCACCCCUUCCAGCAGCUCUUCUCAGGAGGUGCCUUCGCCAGACCAGCUGCAGCGAGUUGCGGGACCUUCCCCUGCCUACUACAGCUCCUUCCAUCCCAGCAGCAGCAGCCAGGGAGCCCAGUACAACCACUAUUACAACUUCACAGUUAACAGCCUCAUCUACACCCGGGAUGGAACGGAGGUCUAGGAUGCUGGGGCAAUCGGCCAGCAAGUGCUGCAAAGGGAACGGGAGAUGCAGGUGCGUUUGGCAGCACGGAGGACCAUAUGCUUUUGCAGACAGCAUUUCAGUGUGGACGCUUCCCAGGAGUUCCUCCGGGAAGACAAGACCUUCUCACCUUUUAGAAUGAAAAAGCCCCAUAAACACCAGCAGAAGGCAGAUGCAAAGUUUUUUCCCCAUGCUGGAAAAUUUUAGAUGGUUUGCCAUCUAAAUUCCGCAGAAUGAAAGUGAACUGAAUUAAUGAUUUCAGAGGUUUUUAAUCCUGAAUGUAGAGUUAAGUUUUAAAAAUAUAACCAUAAAGUGGUGUCAGUGAGAACCAAGUGUAGACAUCCAGUGAGUCUUAGAGGAGAACAGAAAAAAAAAUGAAGAGCUUUCUUAUGAAGUGCCUUGUACAAUGUAUUAAAAAAAGUUCUUCUGCCAGCAAUUGCCUCUGUAAGUCCUUGUUUUCUGCCCUGAUCUUGAAAUAUGCAAUGCAUGGGUAGAUACUCUGGGUAAAUACCCAUCCAAAACCUCCUUGAAGCCUAUGGAGGGUUGCUGUGAUCUUCCUGUGUAUGGUAUAUUGUGCAAUCAGGGCCAUGUUAUGUACAACAAUCUUUUUUCCCUGAGCUUAGUACCAAAGAUAACAUCCUAGUCAUGCAGCUUUAGCAAGAGAAUAAACACCAGGGUAUUUUUAUACAUAUUUGUACGUAAUGUAACUCUUCUGUAAAUAUGUUUCUAUGUGGUUUUAUAUUUGUAAAUUAUGCUCUGGAUCUGUACUUAUUUAUAAUGUGUUUAAACUUGGUUAAACUUUAUUUUGCUUCAUUUCCCCUUCUUUUUGUUGUUUUUGUUUAUUAUUUGUUUUUGUUCGUUAGUGUAUUAAUGAAACUCUCCAGGUUGAACAGCAACUGUUGGGAAUAAAAUGUUAACAAUUGUUAGAUUUUUGCCUGCUUGUUCCUCAGUAGGUUUGAGGCAUUUUUAAACUCUGUGGGAGAAAAGUUUUGUUUUCACGUGGUUUGGGAUAAAAGGUGCAUAGAUUUGUGAACAAUUUCACCUGUGCAGUAAGACAGAAAAAAACCUGCUCCCAGCCCAAAGGAAAGGCAUAUGAGCUGAUCUGCAGCCUCUUGUAGUCUCAUUGUGCAGAGUGGGCACUGUGGGCUUCUUUGUUUGUUUG